GAAAAUAUAGUGGGAAACCUGCCGUUAAAUUCUACGAAUAUGCUGUGUUUAUUGGAAGACGCAUUAUUAAUCUGUUAUGAUGACUGUAAUAAAGAUAUAUUAUAUAUUUUUAAUUAGACAUACGGUAUAGUUCACGUUCACUUAGUAGGCUACUAAAUAUACAUGUGGGGAGCAUUUUUGCACAUCUUAAACAUAUUCACGCGUUUCUAAUGUAACUGAUAUAUAAAACUGCAUAUAAAAACUUAGAAGAUUGUGUACAGAUUAGUGUGAAUUUGAUAAAAGUCUGUUCAGAAGCAUUGCAUAUCACAAUAAUUAAUGUGUUGGAGUUUAAAAAUAAAACGAUGUCGAGCUUUUAAUUCGAAUCACUGAAAUUUACGGUCUUAAGAAACGCAAACUAAAUGCAUAAAAUAAAGUACUUCUGUGAGGAUCGACGUUUCACGUCAAGUUGAAAGCAGUACAAAGUUGGUGCUCAGUAUAACUGUUCGUUACGAACCACAUGACGGGUGACUUACAAAAAAAAUGCGCUAUGUGAUUGUAUAGUUGUUAUAAGUCUGUUAUUUUCAUCACUUGUUAGUGUAAAAGUAGACACAUUUGAACAGGAACGUAAAGGAACAAUAUAAGUACUUCUGUUAUUUGCAAGUUUAUGAUACAUUUAAUGUCUAGCUAUUAAAAUGGUUCCUGAGAAUGGCGAGAGACUCGCCUUCUCACACGGACAUUUUUAAACAUCCUGAGAGCAGCACUUCCUGCCUCGGGUUAUCUGUUGCCGUCAAGCAGGGUGUCUCCGUAUGCAGUCACAUAAUGGAACUCGCCCUUAUACAAGUGGCACAGAUGAAAGUUUCCAUGAUGGUGUUUUGGUGGUGGGGGGGGGGGGUACCCAAGAGACCCCCCCGGGGAAUGUCUGGAUCGGAUCGGACAGCACAUGCAUGGUCGGAACCUACAAGAACAAUGUUAUUAGAAAUUCAGCUCCCAGGGAGGUGAACUCAGUUAGCUCCCAUCAUCCGCCUCGAGCUCCCUUCUGGUAGGACCUCUAGACCAGCCCCUCCACCAUGGAGAGCCUGAGCGAGUUGCAGAACCCACUCUUGGACAAGGCCAACAAGCAUGUGGUCAAGGGCGACUACGGCUACCAAGGUGACUUUCCCAGCAACCAGUACCAGGAGAACAUCAUCAACUACUUUGUGGCCGGAGGGGGAGGCGGUGACAGGGCCAAGGCGCAGCAGCUGCUGGACGCCACCUCCUUGCAUCUGGCAGUGGAGGCCUUCUACAGACCCAACUUCAUCCUGUACAAGGACGACGCCGUCAAGGCCAAGGAUUAUAAAAGUGAGUGCUGCGAGACCACCUUCACGGAGACUAAGGAGGCGGCCAACGAGGGCACCACCACCACCACCGACGAUCCCCAGGCCAAGCUGCUGGGGGAGAAUGACGUGAAGAUCCAGACCGUGUCCUACGAGGUGGAGGAGGAGGAGUACCACGAGUAUGAGAGCGACUGCUCCAGCGAGAGUGAGAGCGAGGACAACUUCGUCAUGGUCCCACCACGAGACCACCUGGGCCUGGCCAUCUUCUCCAUGCUCUGCUGCUUCUGGCCCCUGGGCAUCGCCGCCUUCUACUUCUCUCAGGGGACCAGCAAGGCCAUCGCUAAGGGAGACUUCCCCCUAGCCAGCACGGCCUCCCGGCGAGCUCUCUUCCUGGCCGCUCUGUCCAUCACCAUUGGGACGGGGGUCUACGUCGGCGUGGUUGUGGCCCUCAUCGCCUAUCUGUCGAAAUCUGGCCACGUAUAGGGUAGGCCUCCGCGGGCCCCCCCCGACUGGAGCCUGACUGACGCGGAUGUGGGCCGUCAGACUCCACAGCGCCUCCUAUUGGCCAACAUCCACCCGCCACAUCGGAUUAGCCAGGGAAAGAAAGGGGGGGGGGGGGGGUCACAGGGAGGGACUGAAGACUGUCUGCCGAAACGUUACCUUAACGAAACGGAUAUAAACAUCACUCACAUCGAUUCUGGACUAAACCUGCUAUCCAAGCCCUAUUCCAGGCUGGUCGAAUAACGGGGGGAGACGGACCAAUUAGCAGAACUCCAAGGGAGCCUGCACAGACGGCGCCUGGAAGAGCGGGGGGCGACGCUGCUCUGCGAUUCCCUCUGAUUCACAUAAUUAGCACUGAGUUCUGCUUGGAGGAAAUUGUAGGCUAACCGCUAAUAGCUCCUCUUAAUUCAUAAACACAAACAUAUCCUGGAGGUCUAAGAGGGAAAAAAAAAAACCUACUUAUCCCUCUGUUUUCCGGGACUAAAAGAGCCGAUCUGUUCUUUUUUUAAAAAAGAAUCCAUGAUGUACAGAUGGUGUGUUAGCAUGGAAACUGUUCCAUCUGGAAAUUGCUCGUGUUUGCCCAAGUGUUUUUGCAGGCAUCAAGGCCCACUUUGAUCUUGAAAAAGGUACCAGACGAGUGGCUGAGAACCGAGGCCCUGAACGGCAGGCGAGAGAAUCGACAGGAGGACUGAGAUAAAACCGUGACUCAGAAGAGAAAGAGGAAAAAGCCAAGGGCCGCCGUGGAAAGGAAGCAAAAAAAAAUGCUACCCAUUGUGUCUUUCCCUUCAGAAUAAAUUAAUCCGGCAUGAGUGAGAAUUCUCCCCUUUCUGCUGCAAGUUGCUGCACAGCCAUGAGGCACAGAGGUGGAGAUGGAAUACUGCUGGAUGUCAGGGACAUGCAGUACAGUACAUCGAGGUGUCUAAGGGAAGCCUGAAGGUCCGGUCCUUCUCGGAUUCAGGGACCCCCUCAAUCUGUUUCUCCUGCUGCCUCGUGCUUCCAGCUGAGUGUCGCCUGAAGCCCGGUGGGAGCUGGACCGUUACCUUCAGACGAUUGAUUGAUGGAGCACAUCAGGUACAGGAGAAAGACGAUGACGUCUGAAUGAAAAGAGCCAACUCUUGUUCUGGAACCUGUGGGACUUCAAAGUCCAUGUCCUUGUCAUUCUUUCCUUGGGGUCUCUACUCAACAUAGGUGCUAUAACAGCAGACAACCCUGAUAUAUCACCAUAGAGGCUCCUACAUUGAUUUCUUUGAAAGAUCUCAAUCUCAGCCGGUAUCUACCCUGUCAAGACGACUGCUUUCAGCUGGCAGUUACUCUACCCGAAAAUGCUAUUUAAUCAAAAGAUGAGCUGCGCAUUGUACCUUGGACCUUGAGUUAUGACCCUGGGAAGCAAUUCCAUAAAGAUGGAACAGUGUCUAUUAAUUGAUAUUCAGGACAAAAGUUGAUGUCUCCUGGAGAGGAACGCUGCAGCAACUAGGCUAGACAUUGCUUUGUGCUCUAAAGACUGCAGCCCAGACAAAACAAAUGAAUCACUGUGCUGCCACAUUUGUUAUCUAACACAUGGAAUACAGACCACUUAAUUCCCAUCAGUCAACAGGGCAGAAUCCUAGAGUGCUCUGAAAGGCUUUUGGGUGACUCAGAAUUCACCACCUUAGCUAAAAUAAAAAACAUAAUCCUCAACAGAAAACAGGCAGUGUGAUGUUAGGGCAGCAGUAGUGAAAAUGAAAGGAGCAGGCAAUGAUUCUCAAACGGUGCAAAAAAAAAAAAUCUUCCGGAAAAUGAAAUGUCUAAUUUAAUGGCACUGAAUAUGUGCUAAAAGAGGCUUCAUACUUCCGGGGGAGUCAAUAUGAUUCUGCUGGCCCUGAAAACCUUUAUUCUCCACGACAACACCAGGAGCUGGAGCAAAAACACCAAAAAAAACAGCGAAGAGGUUAAAGUAAGAAACCUUUAGCCCUUUAAAACUUUUUGAAAAGAUAGCAUAUGUUUACUGAGACCGCGAACGCAUUAGCCUUAUGGAAAUUAAGUUAAUGCUUGUGAGAAAAAACAAAUAUGUAACAGGUGGCAAAAUAAUUGAUGCUGGGGAAAGAGAGACACAGACGGGCGAGUUUGGUGGCAUUAAUGUAAGCCGGAAGAGGAUGAGAGCUCCACAAGGCUGAACUUGAACUAAUCAGAACACCUGUCUGGAUGUGCAGCUCCUCGAACAGGAGGACACUGAUCAGGCAGCUCCUUUGCCCAUAUGAGGAGUCUGGGGUUCUAGGGUGCAUCAGGGAGCGUAGGAGAUCUGGGCUUUGCGUGAUUCACUGUUGACAUUCCGAUACAUGCCCAAUGAGUCCCAUAAGCAGCAGAGGGCCUCAAACUGGAGGUCACACACUGCACUGGUGUUGUAUCCCAGCUGAAAAUAUUAGCUCACAGACCAUUGUGACCUCGGUUUGACAGCUGUCACCAUAGCAACUUCCAUAUGUGAGCAGUAACGACAGCUUCGAGAUUUUGCGCCACAGCAUGAUCACCAGGAAGGAUCCAGCACUGCACGCAGUGACAGGAGAAGCCCUGAGAUGGAUUUUGAGACGCGUCUUUCUAUAUGACCUGAUUGGACAUUUGAUGUCUUGACAGGCAGUGUAAAUACACAUAUAUCUGAUAACGCGAACUUCACGCCCGUGAGAGCAUCGCUUCGACAUUCAGGCGUGCAAAAUCAAGAAGAAGACUGAUGCUUUGAUUCAGGCAGGCCUUCAAUGAACCAGUGCUUCGUCGAGACCUAACUUCCCCCACCGUCCAGUCUUGGCCUUGUUCAGCUACUGGCCCCUUUUGACUGGUCAUGUUCCUAUGGAAACCGUCUCUGUGCUGAGCACCAGUGUUAACCUUGAACCUGGCGACUGAAAAAUAUCUGGAAAAAAAACAGUGUACAUCAUUAAUGAGCUGCUCUGUAAAUAUAGUACCACUAAGUGUAUUCUGCUGUUUGAGCGAGUCGAGGUUGUUUAUCAGCGCUUUGAACCAUCUAACACAUACACAUUACCAUGUGUCACUAAGGAAAGAGACACCUGUACAUAUCGGGGAGAGCACAUAUUGUAAUUAUACAAAGCAUUUUUAAUUUCAGCUUCCCUGUGGAUGUGUUCCUGAUGAUGUUAAUACAAAUGUAUAUCUCUCUGAUGGACUGCCUAACGUUACCAUAGGGAUAAAUGUAAAUUGUUUGAAUGAAAAUAUUUCCUUAUUAAAAUGUAAUAUCCUUCUCUGGAUUUGCACACUCAUGUGGCAGUGCAAAUUCCAUGCCCAAGAUCCAAAAGUGCCACUAGGGGGAGUACCUACAGCUUGAUCACAAAGAGCCAAUUAGAUGGCGCUUGAACUGGUGCUCCUCCAAUCACAUGGCGCGAUUUCGGUGGGUCAUUUCGGCUGGCCCUCGGUGGGUUGCCAGAGGGCCUUCUGCAGAGCUCUGUGGCAGAUGGUGCGACUGUGUUCAUAUCUGUUGUUUGGAAAUAAAAGGUGCAAACAGAA